AUGCAGCAGCAGCUAGCAGAAGCCAAGAAGGUGGCACUGCGCUGCGAGGGGGAGUUUGGAUUUUUGUGUAUAGACACCUACGCCUUUGCUGCUUGCUGCAGCCUCGCGCUGCUGCAGCCUCCUGCAGCAGCAGCAGCAGCAGCAGCAACGGCAGAGGCAGCAGCAGCAGCGGAGAAGGUCAUAGCGCCAUUACUCAAAAGGGCGUCAAAGUCUCUGUGGCGGUUCUCUGCAGAUGCUGCAGCAGCUGCUUCAGCAGCUCAAGUGCUGCAGCUGCAUGUAUUUGCUGCUGCAGCCCCUCCCAGAGAGCAGCAGCAGCCGCAGCAGCAGUAA